AAGCUGCGGGAGCUGCGGAGAAAGUGUUUUUGGUUACUGGGAUCCGUGUUAUCCCGUAGCCGAUUUCGCUGUUGCUCCCAAUUGGAAGCAGAGUUUUAUGUAGGUGCUAUUGAAUAGCGCGAGGAAGAGCUACUUGUUUGCAUCUACACAUCCAUGGCCGUGUGAAACCGGUUCGCAGCUGGCUUCUCCUCAUUGCAAGUCGAGACAUCUAAGCCUAAGCUCAGCUGGAGUAGCGAAGCGUCGAUCAGGAUUUAACGAUGAUGCACUCUGCUGCGAAGCCAUUGUGGUUUACAGUGACUGUGUUAUGUUGCAUUUGUUCUAUUGCGCAUUGUGCGACAGUGAAAGAUAAAUCGAAGGAGUCUGAGGAAUGGGACUUUGAGUUCGAGGAACACGCCCGAGACGAGAAGCCUCAGAAGGAAGCAAGCAAGGAUCUCAAGGCUACAUACAAUGCGUGGUCCGUUUCUGAUGGGGACCUCUGCCGCACUGUUCAAUGCAAACCUCACCAGGAAUGUCUUAUUCAGAACGGAGAGACAGCCAUAUGUGUCAGCGCCAAAAAGGUGAAGAAAAUGAAGAAGAGUCAGCCAAACGCCUGGAACAGUUAUGAGAAGAGCCCUUCGACAACAACAACUACUACCACAUCAAUGCCAUGGAGUUCUGAAGAAGACGAUGAUGAAGACCAAUACCUUGACGAUGAAAGCGACGAAUCACGGUGUCCGCCGUGUUACGUGCUAAAGCCAGAGUAUGUCUGCGGCAUGGACAACCAGACCUAUUCCUCAGAAUGCAGACUGCAAUACCACAACUGCAGACAAAGGGUGUCAGUUCAGGUCUCCUGUAAAGGCUUCUGUCCUUGCAAAGUUGUAAAAACACUGGAGGAUCAGCAACGAGAGAUGCGCCAGAAGGCUCGAUGGGAUCGUUACAUCGCUAAACUGCAGACGACGGUGGACAAGAAAAAAUCGAGUCAAGAUGAGAAGGCAACCAAUAACAAAGUGAAAACCAAAAGUGGCAAGGGUACUUGGACGGGGAAGGACCAGAAACAGAACAGCAUACUGACAAACAAGGCAUCAGUUACCACGCAGAAGGAAAAAGGCUGUAAUAGUGAAGAUUUGCAGGCAAUGGGUGACCGUCUGCUAGACUGGUUCUCAGUGGUCAUGAGCGAUCACCAGUACAGCACCCAGGUCUCUACCCGAAGGCGGACACACAGAGUUUCCGACUAUAGCCUCCCGGAAUGCAAGCAUGAAGUGGGCUGGAUGUUUCACCACUUGGAUUCUGACGGCAACUUGCUGCUCACCCUGAGGGAGCUGUACGAUCUCGAACACGACGACCACGAAAAAUGCCUUCAGCCUUACUUGGCUGUGUGUGACGUUAACCGGGACUCCUUUUUGAGCACAGUGGAGUGGUGUGCUUGCUUCAACAAGUCCCAACGACCGUGCGCUUCGGCAAUCAGGCGCAUUACACCAGGCUUAGUUGGAGCCUAUAUUCCCCAGUGUGACGAGGAGGGCUAUUUCCUGCCCACGCAGUGCCAUUCCAGUGCUGGCACGUGCUGGUGCGUCGACCGUCACGGGGCCGAAUUUGCUAACACCCGAAGAAGGGAACGCCCCGAUUGUGAAUCCUUGCUGAACAAGAGCAAUAGAAACAGAUCGCCGGAUGAUGACACAGAGGAAGAUGAUGACGAUGACGACGAUGAUGAAAGGGAAGGUGGAUCUGGAGACCGGCCCUCGGAGUACUAGAUCUCCACCCUUCCCUUUGGAAAACAUUUUGUAGUACGUUGUGGUACUCGCAUUUUUCUCAUCUCCAGUUCAGUGCAAUAGGUGGUGCCAGCAUUUAGCAGUUGUCAGAUAAUUAGCAAACGAGUCCCCACCUAGCUUUCCUUGUGUGUGCUGCCCCGUACCGAAGACAGCAGUGGAAGUGGUGUUUGUCGCAACAACCGAAAUGCUUUUCCUGUCCAUCAGUUUCACCAACAGCGUCAGUUUCCACAAAGGGAAAUUAUGCUUGAAGGCAGUGGACAAAGAUUAAUGCUUUGAAUAACAUCUGGGCAACAUUUAGGUUUAGUGGUAUAUAGUACAUGGAGAGCUCGGAUUGAAGCAACGUUCAGGAUCUUACUGGGGCCAUUUGAAGGUAAACACUCGAGACCGAACUCAAACACUGACUGGCUUUCAGGGUUCUCUCUUGAACCUUGACAAGAAUUCAGAGUUUAAAUUUUUCACCCGCUUUUUUGGUAUCUCAGAGCCUACCCACUAUGCCUACUGUGUCACUGAAGUUUAGUGUUGGCUGUUCAGCUGAGAAAAUAUAAAUGUAAAAGACAAAACUAGUCAGCUUACAAAUCCAACAUUUCGUCUAGCCACGGCACACGAAAUGGAGUGGAGUAUUUUGGGACUCUCAUUCGUUUCUAGUAGAAGUGUGCAAAUAGUGGAAAUACUCAAAUGCAAUAAGCGAGAAAAAAAAAUUACGUCUGAAUGUACAUCACACAAUGCGCACUUAUUCACAUUUAUGUACGUGCUCUUACGAGAGCGUGCAGUCCAAACCAUAUAGUACUCAUACAAGUUUGCGGACAGACAAAAUUGAAACUGCCUUGUUUGACACUUCUCUCGUGAUCUGUUUGCAAUAUAGGAAUACUAAUUAUACUGCACAGGAAUCCAUACUCGACAACUAUGGUAGGAGCAGACUUACCAGAACCGCACUGACGAUAUUUUCUAACAAUCGGGUGGUCUCGGUAUUACGUGGGAACAUCAUUCUGUGACGUGAUCACCUUAUGAGGAAAUUCAUAGCCAGUUAGAAAGGAAAGCUCGAAAUUAUUCCACUCUUGGUUUAACGAGUCAAAUUGUGUAAAUAAGAACAAAAUAUUUUCUCUGUAUUUGAAAUUUCAAAUAUUUGCACGGUCCUACUCUUUAGUGUUUUAUUUAAUCUAGCUUUGGCUACAGGUUCUUAGGUACCUACGUUGUACAGUUACUUUGCUAGACUUUGUACCUUUUGUUUUUAGAAUGUUGUUUUCUGUUGGAACCCUUUUGCCAUUCCAUCAGCAGACACAACAAAAUCCAUGUCUUCCAUUUCAGUUGUCACCCAGUUUACUGAGUUUGCUAAUAAACUUACGUGUAUUGUUCAGUUUCGCAAUUUUUUGUUUGUAGCAGGCAUGGAAUGUGUCAUCACCUUUGUGUGCACUUUUAUAGCAGUGUCACUGUCUGUGUUGUUGUUGUUGUUUUGGCCUGCAAACAUUCCAACCUCUCUCGAUGAUAAAUAAGAAAAAAAAAAGUCACAUCCCGCUGUUGGCACAACUGGGUUCUGAUCCAACUUUUGCUGUGUUGGUUGAGUGUUGUGUGCUACUAAUUAAUUGUUUAACAGUAUUGUACGAGCUAUAUGCCCAGUCAGAAAUGAAAGAAGUAUUUCCCAGUGUUACUGUAUGUUUUAGAAAUUGUUACAUAUCUCCUGUACCUGUAGAAAGCCAAGGUGAAAAUAAAGGUAUUGUUUCACAAUG